AAUGAAAGGAGGGGAUGCCAGACUCCAGCCAAUCACGUGCCCGCGAGGCGAGAGCCGAGCCAAUAGCGGCGCCGGGGGGGCGGGCCUUGCCGCUGGCUGAUUGAUCCCAGCUCUGGCGUUGUUCAGUCAGCGCGAGAACAUUCUAGAGGUUCCCCGGCACCGCUGUCCCUGCUGACACCGUCCGACCCAGGACGCCGGGACCCGGAGGCUGCGGCGUCCCCCGCCUCCUCCGCCCGGAUACCCGCGCCCCCACGGCCCUGUUCUCCUCGCACACUCGGCUUCGUCGCAGCCCGGGGCGAGCAGCGUUGGGUUUAUGUCUUUAUUGGACGAAAACGGCUUUCUUCAGUGAAGCAACUUGUGUCAGACUUUUAUCAGGCUUAUUGUUAAGUCAGAACUCAACAGAAGCUGCUAUGAGAAUCCAUAAGUGAGAGGGGGAAUUACCUAAUUUUCAACUCUUUUCCACUCCGGUCCAAAAAAACUGAGCUGUUGCGCAGCCAGUGGUACCUAUAUUGGGGAAACAUAGCAUACAAGCAAGAACCUUACAGCCUCAGUGGCGAAAAUUUUUUCAUGUCAGAGACCGAGAACUCUUGCAGUCGUUUAUGUCAUCCCGUCUUCUCCAGACAGAAGAUACCAAAAAACUGCAAUCAAAGAUCUCUUCAUCUUAUUGAUAAAGCUACUAAUAAGGCAAAAUGUCUGUCAACGUCAACCGCAGUGUUUCAGAUCAGUUCUAUCGCUACAAAAUGCCCCGUCUGAUUGCCAAGGUGGAGGGCAAAGGAAAUGGAAUAAAGACGGUUAUAGUCAACAUGGUUGACGUUGCAAAGGCGCUUAAUCGGCCUCCAACGUAUCCUACCAAAUUUUUUGGUUGUGAGCUGGGAGCACAGACCCAGUUUGAUGUUAAGAAUGACCGUUACAUUGUCAAUGGAUCUCAUGAGGCGAAUAAGCUGCAAGACAUGUUGGAUGGAUUCAUUAAAAAAUUUGUUCUCUGUCCUGAGUGUGAGAAUCCUGAAACUGAUCUGCAUGUCAAUCCUAAGAAACAAACUAUAGGUAAUUCUUGCAAAGCCUGUGGCUAUCGAGGCAUGCUUGACACAAACCAUAAACUUUGCACGUUCAUUCUCAAAAACCCACCUGAAAGUGGUGAAGCUGGUACAGGAAAGAAAGAAAAGGAGAAGAAGAACAGAAAAGGCAAGGACAAAGAGAAUGGUUCUGUGUCCAGCAAUGAGACACUUCCACCCCCACCUCCAGAGGAGAUGACCCCUCCACAGGUUGUGGAGGAGGAGGAUGAUGAUGACUGGGGUGAAGACACAACAGAAGAAGCCCAGAGGCGUAGAAUGGAUGAAAUCAGUGACCACGCAAAGAACCUCACACUUAGUGAAGACCUGGAAAGAACUGUGGAGGAGAGAGUCAACUUACUAUUUGAUUUUGUGAAGAAAAAGAAGGAAGAAGGUGUCAUUGAUACUUCUGACAAAGACAUUGUAGCAGAAGCAGAGAGACUGGAUGUAAAGGCUAUGGGCCCUCUAGUUCUCACUGAAGUCCUUUUCAACGAGAAGAUUCGUGAACAGAUAAGGAAAUACAGACGUCACUUCCUUCGUUUCUGCCACAACAACAAGAAAGCCCAGAGGUACCUUCUCCAUGGCUUUGAGUGUGUGGUGGCCAUGCAUCAGUCUCAGCUUAUUUCUAAAAUACCACAUAUUUUGAAGGAAAUGUAUGACGCAGAUCUUCUGGAAGAAGAAGUCAUCCUUGGCUGGGCAGAAAAGGCCUCAAAGAAAUAUGUUUCAAAGGAGCUUGCCAAAGAAAUUCGUGUCAAAGCAGAACCAUUUAUUAAAUGGCUAAAGGAAGCUGAAGAAGAAUCUUCCGGUAAUGAAGAAGACGAUGAAGAUGAAAAUAUAGAGGUGGUGUACUCUACAACUGCCAGUGUACCUAAAGUUGAAACUGUGAAGCCUGCAAACAAUAAAGAUGAUGAUAUUGAUAUUGAUGCCAUUUAAAGUGAUGCAACGUCGCUUCCAGCAUAAUAAUGCAAACUUCUCUGCGUUUGCUGCCAGAAGUGUGACUUGUAUGUGCACAAGCUGAAAUGGCUUAACAUCCUGCUACUCUUUGUACUCUGAAAUGUAUCUUUUUACUGUGACUGGUCUUGUGUAACUAAGCCUAAUACCAAGGAGUCAGCACUUUGGUGAACUGAUCUAGUUUGCAACUGGCAUGUUCUAGUUUGUUUUUCUAACUUGUGUUGGACACCUGCUCGGAGCACAUCUAUACAGUUGUGGAAAUAAAGGAUUUGGUUUUGGUCA